GAAAUUACCUUACGUUUAGGACAAAAAGUGUGCACCCGCUCAGAUCUGCUAAGAACUUAGUAAACUUGAUCGCAGCCUUAGUAAAUUUGAACGCGGCCAAUAUAUAUAGGAUAUUCUUGAAUGUAUACAAUGAGUGUAUAUACAAUGAGUGUGAUGUCAACGAAAUUUCUAACCUAUUAUAAAAGUGAUUAGAAUUAUUAUUUUCUGCAGUGGUUUGAUAUGAUAUUAAUUUCAUUUUGUUUAAAUCGCAUACUUCUAUUAAAGAAAGUUUUGUAAAACUAUGGCAAAUACAGGUGUUUUGCCUUUUGUCCGUGGUGUAGAUUUUUCUGACAAUGAUUUCAGUACGAAAUUUCCAGCUUCUGUACGCUUUAUGACUGGUACACAAUGGUUAAAGUUGAAUAGAACAAAUUUAUCACAAAUUCCUGAAGAAUUGGGUAAACUACAAAAGUUGGUAAAGUAUCAUCAGUUUGAUUUUCUAUUUUAUUUUAAUUCUGCUCGGGGAUAAUGAUAUAAUACUAGG